GACCUAAACGGCAGCGUGUUGCGGUUCGGUGGUGGAACUAUGAGGCUGGAAGUGCAAGUCAGGAGCGACAGAACGGAAUUGACAGAGUUGGGAGAAGGAGGCGCGACCAGAGGAGUGGCUUCUGUGAGAAUCAAAACAAAUUUAUCAAAAUUGCUAUCCAAAAUCCUGUAACUAUUACAUUUGGGGGAACUUGGUCCCAAGGCAAUGUAAGCAUGAGUGUUUGCUCUCCAGUUUGCUUAUCUUCAAUAAAUGCCGUGGUCCUGAAAGGUCGUGCAAAUCUGCUGAUUAGCAGCAAUACCUGUGGUCUUUUGUCCCAAGGAAAGUCUAGUUCAUGUUUUAUCCAUUUGUCCCCUGGGAAUUCUGAGUUACGACAUGUUGGUCUUUCUGUUUACACGACACUGUCUUGUCCAACCAUUAUGGGCCAAACAAUCAGGGGAGGUUACUUGGGAUCUUGCUUUUCCAAGCAAAGGGACAACAUUCAAGUCGUUGGCUCUGUAGGACCUCAGAGGAGGAAUCUUGAAAUUUCAUUGGCUUGCCAAAGUUUGAAUAUGAGGCUUUUGGUACCUAAACAAAAGCUGCUUCCUAAAGCCAAGUGUGAGGCGGGACCAAUAACUUGGCCGCUUGGGUGUGCAUCAGCUGGCUUGAUUUUUGGAUUACUUGUUUGUAAUUCAAGUUCCCAAACUGCAUAUUCUGAGACAGAUACAGAGGAUAGGAGAAAGGAAGAUGACUGCAGCGAGCCAUACGUGAAGUUCUCACAUGGGAAGAAAGUUUACACUGACUAUUCUGUAAUUGGAAUUCCUGGAGAUGGACGAUGUUUGUUCUGCUCUGUUGCUCAUGGGGCUUGUUUAAGAUCUGGUAAAACUUCUCCAAGUGAAAGUCAUCAGAGAGAGCUAGCAGACAAGUUACGAAAUGAAGUUGCUGAUGAAUUUAUCAAAAGAAGGGAAGAGACAGAAUGGUUUGUUGAAGGUGAUUUCGAUACUUAUGUUUCCCAAAUCCGGAAGCCCCAUGUGUGGGGAGGUGAACCUGAACUUUUCAUAGCUUCGCAUGUUCUGCAGAUGCCAAUCAUAGUGUACAUGUACGAUGAUGAUGCUGGGGGCUUGAUAUCUAUUGCUGAGUAUGGCCAAGAAUAUGGUAAAGAAAACCCGAUCAGAGUUCUCUACCAUGGCUUUGGCCAUUAUGAUGCAUUAGAGAUUCCUGGAAAGAAUGGUCUUAAGUCAAGACUCUAGCAAUUUACAUGCUCGUCGCAAAUCUAAAUGAGAUGAGCAUAUCUACUGUACACUUAACAGUACAACAAGGUCAAUUGUUUAUUUUAGUUAAAACUUGAAAGAAUCAA